UUAUAAUAGAUCUCGAUCGGAGUGAGAUAUCGCAAAUGACAUAGAAAUUAAUAAUUGACUUGAUUUAGAGUUUGCAAUUGUAAAGUUGUAACCACGUGAGCAUUUGAUCUUUCUAUAAAUGUAUCAUUUUGUAAUAUUAUGUGAUAAUAUAGAUUUGAAUUAUCAACAAAUGACCAUCUUUGACUACAUAAUUUUACCUUAACUAUCGAAAUAAUAUAAAAUAAUUUAUUGAGUAGAACCAUGAGUCAAGAAAAAAAAAAAUUAACUUUUGGCAAAGAUCUAAAUCUUAAAGCAAUCAAAGGUUGGAUAGAAAAAAAAGCCAUUGAUGUUAACUCUGUUCUAACUUAUUGCGAAGAAAAAGGUUGGACUUUCGUUCAUAUAGCUGCUGAUACUUCUGAUGAAGAAUUGUUAGAUUACUUAUUAAAAAAAAAAGCAAACUUAAAUAUCAACAAUGAUGACUGGGGUACUCCCCUUCACAUUGCUGUGACUCGUGAAAAUAUUAAAAUUGUCAAAAGGUUGAUCGAAAAUGGCGCGGAUAUAAAUAGUCCAAGAGGUUCCUUUGUUUGGACACCGUUACAUACAGCGAUAGAAAAUCUUAAUACUGAAGCGAUCAAAUUAUUAAUAGAUAAAGGUGCUGACGUAAACGCUGCUUGUGAUGAUGAGAUAAGAACCGGUUGCACACCCUUACAUCUUGCGAUUGAAACAAAUAAUGAAGAGAUAGUCAAAUUACUUAUGAAAAAAAAUGUUGAUGUUAAUGCUACAAUGAAGUUAUUUGGUUCGCCAAUUUUUUCUGCUUCAACACUUGGAAACUCCGAAAUAAUUAAAAGUCUUAUUAAACAUGGUGCUGAUAUUAAUUUGCCCGUUGACGAUAAAGACUCUCCGUAUUAUCAGUUUACAUCACUUCUAAUUGCCGUUACGUUUAAACAUCGCCAAGCUGUGAAAAUCUUAUUACAAAAUGGUGCCAAUGUUGAUGCUAUCACGGAUCAAGCUGAUACUGCGCUUCAUCUUGCUGUUUUACAUCCCGACGAUGGAAUUGUCGAAGAAUUAUUAAACGCUGGUAUAGAUGUUAAUAACUUUAAUCGUGAAAAUAAGAUAGCGUUUGACUAUUGCGAUGAUGAAUCAACGUGUAAAUUACUUAAAGAACAUAUUGUUAAAUUGAAAACAGCUAAAAUAUUUAUACAUAAAAAAAAUAUAGAUGUUAUACUUAAAGAUGCAGAGUUGAAAAAUUUACGAUUUGAAUGUCUUCAGGAAAUCGAAAAACUAAAAACUACUGAAAUUGGGACGGGUUUAACAUUUUAUGAACUAUUAAAUGAUAUCAAGGGUAAAUUGUCAGUAUCAAAUAAAAAUUUUGAUGAGAUAUCGAUGAUUCCCAAGAAAACAAUUGUUGAAAAAUUUCCUUUGUAUGCUAAUCUAUUAGUAAGACGUUUAAAUAAAAUUGGUAAAAAAUAAGCGUUUAUUGAUAUUAAGGGUUAAGUGAUUAUGAUUUUGUAUGUAUGUUAGUUCAAUAAAAAUAAAUUUCAAUAAGAAUCGCAAAGUAUUGAA